CGGACAUCCACGUGCGCAGCGCUCCCUCCCCUCCGACGGCGGCGCUCGCCUCUCGGUUGUUCCAAGAUCUUUGAAGGUCCAAGAAGAAGCCGUGUUGACCAAAAAGCAAGACAGAUGAGUCACAGAGGAAAAGGAUGGGGGAGCCAAGGGCGAUUCAAGCUGCCUCGGAUGCUGAGUGAAUGGUAGCCGCGCUGGCCUCCUGAAGGUCAUGAUUCAGACUGUCCCAGACCCAGCAGCUCAUAUCAAGGAAGCGUUAUCGGUCGUCAGCGAGGACCAGUCACUGUUUGAGUGCGCCUACGGCACGCCGCACCUGCCCAAGACGGACAUGACCGCGUCCUCCUCCGGCGACUAUGGACAGACCUCCAAGAUGAGCCCACGCGUCCCUCAGCAGGACUGGCUGUCUCAGCCCCCAGCCAGGGUCACCAUCAAGAUGGAAUGUAACCCAAGCCAGGUGAACGGCUCAAGGAACUCCCCUGAUGAGUGCAGCAUGGCCAAAGGUGGGAAGAUGGUGGGCAGCCCGGACACCGUCGGGAUGAACUACAGCAGCUACAUGGAGGAGAAGCACAUGCCACCCCCAAACAUGACCACCAACGAGCGCCGCGUCAUCGUCCCCGCAGAUCCCACACUGUGGAGUACAGACCAUGUCCGGCAGUGGCUGGAGUGGGCAGUCAAAGAAUAUGGGCUUCCAGACGUUGACAUCUUAUUAUUCCAGAAUAUCGACGGGAAGGAGCUGUGCAAGAUGACCAAAGAUGACUUCCAGAGGCUCACCCCGAGCUACAACGCUGACAUCCUUCUGUCGCACCUGCACUACCUCAGAGAGAGCGGAGCAGCAAGACCUUCACGUGUUCUGUCUUUCCUUUUGUCUGCAGGGGGUGCAGCUUUUAUUUUCCCAAAUACUUCAGUAUAUCCCGAAGCUACGCAAAGAAUUACAACUAGGCCAGAUUUACCUUACGAACCACCCAGGAGAUCCGCCUGGACCAGCCACGGCCACCCCACCCCCCAGUCAAAAGCUGCUCAGCCAUCUCCUUCCACAGUGCCCAAAACUGAAGACCAGCGUCCCCAGCUAGAUCCUUACCAGAUUCUUGGACCUACAAGUAGCCGCCUUGCAAAUCCAGGGAGCGGGCAGAUCCAGCUUUGGCAGUUCCUGCUGGAGCUUCUGUCUGACAGCUCGAAUUCCAACUGUAUCACCUGGGAGGGCACCAACGGGGAGUUCAAGAUGACCGACCCGGACGAGGUGGCGCGGCGCUGGGGGGAGCGGAAGAGCAAGCCCAACAUGAACUAUGACAAGCUCAGCCGGGCCCUCCGCUACUACUACGACAAGAACAUCAUGACCAAAGUCCACGGGAAGCGCUACGCCUACAAGUUCGACUUCCACGGGAUCGCCCAGGCCCUCCAGCCCCACCCCCCGGAGUCCUCUCUCUAUAAGUACCCCUCGGACCUCCCUUACAUGGGUUCCUAUCACGCCCACCCGCAGAAGAUGAACUUUGUGGCCCCCCACCCUCCGGCCCUCCCCGUGACGUCGUCCAGUUUCUUCGCCGCCCCGAACCCGUACUGGAAUUCACCCACGGGGGGGAUCUACCCCAGCACCAGGCUCCCAGCCAGCCACAUGCCUUCGCAUCUGGGCACUUACUACUAAAGCCCCCGGGAGAGGCCUUUCCCAGCACCUGUGUAGACACCCAUCCAUUGCUACAAACUGUUAUCCGAGACCACGAAUCAGAAGUGCCUCAAGGGAAACGCGAACGCUCGGCUGGGGCAAGGGGGAGAGAUCCAGAGACUCUGAGCGGGAGGGACUUACUAAACCAUGACUACAGAGAUCAAGAGGAUGCUACCGGUGUACGCGGACAGGUAAUCUGUGGACCAACCUUGUAAAAGACAUUGUAAGUAGAAGUGUGACGUCAUAAGGACAAAGUGCCAAAGAAAACAUUCUGAAGACGUGUAUAAACCUUAAUAGACUAGUCCUUGGGAAUCCUGCUAGUGCAUUAAGCAGGGAUUAAACUCAAGCAAUAGAUGCCACACAGUCUGGACCUAACAUGCCAUUUCUAACGUCAUUGGAAGGAGAACUACCUGUAUUUAAAAAGAGAAACAUAUCAAACACAGAAAAGAGAGUAGAGGGAGGAUCCAGUGGCCCAUCGAUAAGACACUGUUAACGGAACUCAUCGGCAUCUGCUGUCUUGGGUGAAAUCAGAUUCUUGCCAUUGGAUGUGAAGAACAACCCGAGGCUUCCAACUCCUUGACGAUAAGACGGGAACUCUGAGCCACAGGGUGGGACUGAGCAUGUGUGUGGAGAGAGAGCACGUGGGUGUGGGUGGAGGAGGCGGGAGAGGAAGACAUGGGAAGGCGGAGGGAAGGACUGGGAAGGGAGCUCCCCGAGCCAUGCAGACUGGACUCGGGAUGGUGUCGGUUCUGCGGAGAGCUGCGUCGUGGAGGCUUGAGGCUUCGUGCGGCCAGUGUUGUACCAAAUCCAGUGUUAGGAGGAAGGACACAGCGUGACGGGGGCAGGGCACGCACAGCAGGAGAACGCAGAAACAAAAUCAUGCAUCUCUUUUUUGUGUUGUUUUGUUUGUUUGUUUAUCAAAAGAAAAACCGUAACUGGAAUUGUCUGAUAUUUAAAAAGAAACAUUCAGGACCUCAUCCUUAGCCGGGGGGCUCUGCUCUCCAGGGGGUCAGGUAAGCGCUAGCCUUCUCAGCUACCCCAGUCUGAAAUCGCCUGGGUGUCGACAGGGGCAAGGCAGCCUCCAGUUUUGCUUUUGAGUCGCGAACGCUGUGCGUUUGUCAGAAUGAAGUAUGCAAGUCAGUGGUUUGUUUUUUUUGUUUUUUUGUUUUUCCUUUUUAUAUAAUAAUUAUAUAACUUAUGCAUUUAUACACUACGAGUUGAUCUCGGCCAGCCAAAGAUACACGACACAAGAGACAAUCAAUGAUCUAAUGUGGCCUUGAACUUUAACUCUGUAUGCUUAAAAUGUUUACAAUAUGAAGUUACUAGUUCUUAGAAUGCAGAAUGUAAGUAAUAAAAUAAGCUUGGCCUAGCAUGGCAAAUCAGAUUUACA